CUAUAAUUUUUUGUUCCAACUUUAAAUGGUAUCAAAGAGUACAAUUCAUUAAAUAUUAUAGUGCAGUUAAGAGCUUUGAUUUAAACGCGAGUAUAUUUUUAAAGAGUAUUUCAGCAAAUCUUUCAUAAUAUUAGGGCCAAUUGUAGUAAUUACAAUAUUGUUAAAAAAAAUUACGAAUAUGCCGAAAAGUAUAUAGUUACAUAAUUUUGAUUCUGAAUCUGUUAUUUAUAUAUAUUUUAUAAAUGUGUUUUGCACUUUUGUUAACAGGAUGUCGUCACCAGAACACCUGCUCAGAGUGCGAAAAUUAUACAAGUUGAUAUUCCGGGUACACCGUUCUCUACCUCCUGAACUAAGGGUUUUAGGUGAUAAUUAUGCCAGAGAUGAAUUCAAACGACAUAAGAAUUGUAACCCGGAAGAGGCUCGAAUAUUCCUAACUGAAUGGACUGAUUACGCAAUAAAUCUGGCCAAGCAAAUGAAACCUCUACAACAAGUAAAGCUGAAGACCGUGGGGAAGUACCUGGACCCUCAAGUGUUGGAUUUUAUGACUGAUGAGCAACUUGUACAGUUAUAUGAACUUCACAAAGCUGCCUCUGAUGCCAACGAGGAGCCUAGUCAGCCAUCGAAUACUACAGAUGGAGAACAUAAAUUAGAUAGUGAAAAUAAGUAAUAAGUACUCUGAUUAUAGGACUGUAAAUAUUUUAUAAGAAAAAUAGUACUUUGGAUAUGAAUAUUCGGUUGAAUAUUAAAUGUUUCAUAUUACCAUUUUAGUAGUAGUUCAGAGGUACAAAUCCUUACAAAAUUUUUUAGUAAAGAGCACAAAAUUUAUGAGAUUUUCUAGUAAAGAGCAUUAUACGCCGCCUUGUGGAACCUCGGAAAAUGUAUUACACCAAGAUGUGUCAUCUAUUCGAAUCUUUUAGCGACGCUCAUAAAAAUAUUUGGGAAACCAUUUAACCACAGAUGUAUAUAUGUUAUAUAGAGCGUAGAAUAUGCAAAAAUCUACGGUAUUGGAGACAUUACUGAAGUCAAGAAGGGCGACAUAAAGGGCGGACAGAGCCACAUUUCUCCAGAAAAAAUGUAGAUUAUAGCAUUUUACUUUGUGAUGAUAAGUAAUUAUAAUUUUAAGCACAUUUUAUAGGAAUAAUUUAUUAUGUAAAUAUAUAUAUGUUUAGAAUUAUUCAUAAAUAUGUGUGAUAUUGCUGCUAUUA